AUGGCACCUCCGAAGAAGACGACGUCGCAUCGACGAAACUUGCUGGUGGCCGGCUUGGCCAGGUUGUGGAAGCCCCGGACGCCGACCCACACGGUACGGCAGGUCAAGGACCUCGCAGACGAUAUCCGGCAAGGGGUGGAGAACAUACGCACGGCCGCUACCGACCGUGCGGAGCUCAUGGGCUACACGGCCGAUGGAACGGCCGAGCUCAAGAAGCUCGUUGAAGAGGUGGAGGGCCUGAAGACGGACAUCCAGCGCCUCGACGACGGCGACGACGACGAUGACCAAAUGGAGGGACUGGGCCCCGACAGGUACAAUGCGUUGCUGACACAGUCACAGUCGCAGAUGCAGAGUCGAGACGACCUCGACGGCACGAGGACCGACAGCAGCAGUCGUAGGGAGGCCCGCGUCGCGCAGGCCCUGGCGGACUGGGUGGCACAGAGCGAAGGCACGGCGCCGAGUUGCUUCUCCGCGCUGCGGGCCGUGCUAACGCCCGACGCCGCCCAGGCCCUGUCGGACGCGCUCAGGCCGACCGUCCCGGCCACCCAGGAGGCCGUCGACGACACAAUCGACGCGCUGCGCGAGAUGGUCUCGGAGCGCGACGAGGACAAGGAGCGGCUGCAGGAGCAGCUCAGCGAGGCGAACCAGGCCCUCAGCACGGCCAGGGCCGCCGCCGACACGGCCGCCGUCGAGCUCCAGAGCGUGGCCAUGAAGGCGCGGGAGACGGAGGCUUCCCUCGGGGCAGAGAUGGAGCUCCUGGAGCGCAGAGCCCGCGACGACGCCGACGCGUACGAGGAGCAGCUGCGCAGGGCGAGGGACAAGGUGUCGGAGCUCGAGGGCUCCGUCGAUCGCAAGGACGAAGAGAUCCGGCUGCUGCGAGAGGCGGCCAGGACGACUGACCAGGGCACCGAGCUGACGGACAAGAUGAGCGAGCUCACGCAGGAGCUGACCAAGCAGUGGAAGGAGCUGUGCGAUGCCGAGCGGCAACGCGCCGCCACGGCGAUCGCGGAGGCGCGGAGCCAGGUGAGCGGCGAAAUGACGCUGCUGGAGGACAAGGGCCGUCGCCUGCAGGCCGAGGUGCAGUCCCUCGAGGCCGCCGUCAGCCUCAAAGACGCCGUCGUCGAGGGUCUCAAGAAGAGCGUAGAGACAAAGGUCGCGGCCAUCCGUGCCAAAGAUGCCGAGUGCGCCGCGCUCAAGAAGGCGCUCGACGCUGCCGGGGCGGCGGGCGACGCCACGCGGCUCGCCCGCAGCAACAUGUCGCAGUUCAUGUCCCGCGUCGCCGGCUCCCGCGCCGCCGACGAGUGCGCCGCCCUGGUCGGGCACGUCGUCGACGGCACCGACAUGGCGGCCCGUGCCGUGGGCCACAGGACUUCCUGGGCCCUCGCGCCGCGGGAUGCCACCUCGACGGCCCCGGCGCCGAGCUACUACAGGGCGCUCUGGGACGUCGUGGUGUCGUUGCUGGGCGAUCCCUGGGACCCUGCGCGCGCCCGCGCCGACAUGGACGCCUUCCGCACGGCGCUCGCGUGCCCCGUGCCCGAGCAGGUUCUGGCCUGGACGCCGCACGCCGUCAUGGACGCCGCGCUCGCCAGGCUCGACCUCGUCGGCAUGUCCUUUAUCGACAGGCUGGCGGCCUACGAGCUGCUGCUCGACGUGGCGCACUGCUUCCCCAGCGAAGCCGCCACGUCCAAGCUGCAGAUGGCGUAUGGCCGCCUCAACGAGGCCCGCCCCCUGGCCGACAUGCUCGCCACCGGCGAGCCAGAGCAGGACCCCGACGACGGCGACUGGCUGUCCGUGCCGGAGCACUCCUUACGGUUGCUCAUAGUCAAGACGCUCGCCGACGACGUAGAGGUCGCCGUCUUCGACCUGGAAGCCCGCUCCGUGCGGUCCACGCCUGUGUCCGCUCUCGUAUUUUCGCCGCCGGCGUUAUACCAGAGAAUGACGUUGCCUGGCUCCCCGCCUAUCGUAGUCAAGCUGCUCUCUGUCCCAAGACAGAAGUGGGUAAUGAAGCUCGUCAUGGGUUGA